AUGCCUAACACCCUAAAAAUGCUCUCAGUACUCAAAAGUUUCUAUGUAUUUUUCACAGAUUUGCAGACUAUAUUGAAUACUAUUUGUGAAUAUACAAAUAGUGUUUCACUUGCACAUUCACUUGUACACAGAAAUCAAAAAAGAAAGAAUCCGGAAAAAGCUGAAGAGAAAGAAAGAUUAUUUGGAAAUCCUUCAUAA